CCCUCACCUCCAGUCUUUCCAUAUUCUACAAACAGACCCAAAACUAUCCAUAUUUGCAUAGACGGCCCCAAGAAGAAGAUCCGCGACUCCCUGAAUUUUGCAGUCUGCGCCGCCCUUUCGUCUCCUCCUCCCCUUCAGAUACGGGCCCCUGCGCCUCCCGAUAUUGUCAACGAAGCCCUCCAGGGACGGCGCUACAGAUCGGCAGAACAGAGAGAGCUUGGCCCAGGAGGAGGAGCAGGGGAGUUGGGAGGGAGACCGUACGGCGGUGCGGGGGGAGGGAGCGUACGUAUCCCACUGGCACGAGGCCGCGUUACAGGGUGUGCAGUACGCACGGGCCCAAUUUCUGGUGCGCGCCCUCAAUGCGCUCUUGAUAACCCCCGGCUCCUCCUCGAUCCGCUUCUGCUUCGGUUGCUGGCCGCCUACCUGGAGCGGCAGGAGCGGUGGGAGCUGGCAUUUGAUCCGGUUUUCCGAGUGCUUUAUCCGCCGCAAUCCCUGGAAGGAUUCCUGAGAAGCCCUGUGCGUGACUGCCUGAUUCUCCAACAAGCUCUGCAAGUUCUAGGAUCCAUUUCUCUGUACUUGGCAAGCUCUGAGCCCUUUUAGAUUACCCGUCUGAUACACAACUUGCUGCAAGAAUUCGACUGCAAAUGGGCCAAGGAAUCGCGGCGGCGAUUCCUGGUUUAGGGACUUCUGUUGGUGUUUCGAGCGACAGUUUCCUUUUCUCCUCAAAGUUUCACUUCAACAUGUGGUUUCUAUGUUUCCAGACUUCCAAAGUUGGAAUCUGAUCUCUUGUGGCAGUGCUUCUUGGCUUCCUUAUUUUCCAUUAUGGAGGAGCAGAACUCAUGGCUUAGGAGGACCAAGUUCUCACACACUGUCUACACAAGAGUGGAUCCUCGAAGGGUACCUAUUGCUCCGGUUGGCAAGGAUGUGGUGGUACCUUUCGCUCCGCUUGGCAAGGAUGUUGAGCGGAAAUUGCAGAAAUUUGUGAGUAUGGGGAAGUCCAUGUCGAUGCCUGUUAAUCGUGAUGAUGAAGAUACAGGGACUGCACUCAAGCACUGUGCUAGCUUGCCUCUAGUCCGAUCCUCGCUUCAGCUAGAUAGGGACAAGGCCAAUAAGCCAAAGAAGGUGAGUUUGGAGAUUCCUUCAAGCCCUCCAAUGAACUCAGAGAAUUGCAGGGGUCCAAGAGCAAGGAGCCUGGUCAAGAGCCCAAGUUCGAUGAUGCUCCUCAGCUACUUGAACAAAGCUCCCUCAAACCAAGGCUCUAGUCCGCAAAAGGCUUAUGGACCUCAGCACAAACAGAGAUCGAAGUCCCCCCUUCCUUGUAUUGCACCUUCUGAAGUGUUCAGGGAAGCAAAGUCUAGCAGCCAGAGGUUUGCGAGCCCUCCUCCACAGCGAAGAGGAUCUGAAAAGAGCAUAUAUGGAAAAUCAUUUGCUAGGCAGGUGUCUGAUGUGGGUCAGAGUCCUGAUUUGUGCUCAACUCGAAUGGUAUCUGGUAAGCACAAGUCUCAAAAGGAUAAUUCUUGGGCAAGGAAAUACAGUGGUGGAAGGAGGGUUAGUGCAGUUAACCCUGCUAUUGAUCGGAGGGCCCAGAUGGUUAGAAUGAAUCAGGCGGUGCAAACGACAGUCGAUUGGACACUCGAUCCCUCCAAGCUGCUCGUUGGGCACAGGUUUGCUAGCGGAGCAUAUAGCCGGCUGUACAGGGGGUUCUAUGAUGAUAAACCAGUUGCAAUUAAAUUUAUCCGACAACCUGAUGAUGACGACAAUGGGAAGAUGGCCGCAAAACUUGAGAAGCAGUAUAACAGUGAGAUAAAUUCACUAUCUCACCUUUACCACAAGAAUGUGAUCAAGCUUGUGGCAGCCUAUAAAUGCCCACCAGUUUUUUAUAUUAUUACCGAGUUCCUUCCGGGAGGCUCCUUAAGGUCAUACCUGAAUAGCACGGAGAACCACCCCAUCCCUGUGGAGAAGAUCAUAUCCAUUGCUCUUGAUGUUGCCUGUGGUUUGGAGUACAUACACUCUCAAGGGAUUGUUCACCGCGACAUUAAGCCUGAGAACAUUCUCUUUGAUGAGAACUUCUGUGUGAAGAUUGCUGAUUUUGGUAUCGCCUGUGAGGAGACUUUAUGUGAUGUGCUAGUGGAGGAUGAGGGCACUUACAGGUGGAUGGCUCCUGAGAUGAUCAAGCAAAAGGCAUACAACCGAAAGGUUGAUGUCUACAGCUUUGGGUUGCUCCUGUGGGAAAUGGUGUCUGGAAGAAUUCCUUAUGAGAACCUGACCCCUUUCCAGGUGGCUUAUGCCGUCGCCAAUAGGAACUUGAAGCCAACAAUUCCUCCAGAAUGUCCAUCGGCUCUCAGAACCCUGAUUGAGCAGUGCUGCGCAUUGCAGCCUGACAAGAGGCCUGAUUUCUGGCAGAUUGUGAAAGUCCUGGAACAGUUCCGUUCCAUUCUCUCGCAGGGCGGCUGCCUUGACAUACCGAAGAGCAGCACCUGCCAGGAUCCCAAGAAGCGUCUCCUGCACUGGAUUCAGAAACUGAAACCAGCGCAGAGCACCUGAGUACUCAAGCUCUUGUAGCAUCUUUGCAGCCGUAGUUUUAUCUGGUUGGGUAUGCUCAGUAGCUUAGCAUAAAGCUUUAGUACCUUUUUGCGCUUUGGAAAGAAGGAUCCUUGAUUCAAGGAACCUGUGUUCUAGGAUGCUUGCAGGUGUUUAUCCAGUGGUCUGCGAGUAUAGAUUCUACAGUAGCUGUAUAUGGUUGCGCCUUGUGCACUCUGUCUCGCCCCUUGUUAAAUUUACCUGCAGGUUAUGGUGAUGAUACUAUAGCAUCUUGUCGAAAAAGAGUGUCAUUUUUAGUCUUUGCGAUCUGAUGCUCAUUAAUUGUGGUGAAGAUAGCAAAAGGAAAGCAUAUGCAGAGUUGACUCA